UCUGACUUCAGGAAUAAAGCCACCGCGGACGAUCUCAGCCAGGUUUACAUUUGGCUUUACCAGCUUCUUCGACUGGCAUCCGUGGCGUGAGGAUGAGAUUGUUAUCGCCGACAGCGAACCGAUCAUGAUCGCACUGUACCACGUUCCGAGCCGCCAGGUGGUGUCGUACUAUCGACGCCAGGACAGCGAUUGUAUCGUGACGACGCUUGCGUUCAAUAAGAUUUCCGGCGAGCUGGUCGUGUGCUACUCCUUCACGGAUGUAAACAAGCCGCCUGAAAUACUGGUGCUCGCCUCGAUGGACCGUGUGGUGGAUGUGAUGCGCAAUCACGAUGACGUCAUCGUACAUCUCCUGUGGAGUCCGGAUGGAAAACAGCUCGCCAGCGUAGGAUAUGAUGAAACGCUCACGAUUUGGAACUUCUUCGGCAUCUCACCGACGAACGAGUGCAAAAGGAAGAAACUGCAACGAGAUGCAGCAGCGGCCAGCAGCAGUAGCUCACGGGCUGGUGGAUUUGUGUUCGGUGAUGGGCCGGAGAGUGGCCGGGAUGCUUCGCGCAUCCAGUGCAACCGUAACAAAGAAGCCACCUAUCGUGAUCUGGCCUCGAGUUUUCUGUUCAAGGCAAUGCGCUGAAUCGGGCGAACUUCGCGGGAGCGAUCGAAUGUGAAGAGACAUCGAAUGCGAGUAGGCACGAGAUAAGGAACCGGCGUGGAGUCGCUAGGGGAUGGAGUUCUUGAACGGGCCUCCUAACCAAGCUGCAAGGCUGUAAAUCGAUCGUUUGAUAUCGACUGUGUCGUUAAUGGUUUGCUGAACUCGAUACGGUGCUGUUUUACAUCUGUAUGGUACAUUUAUGUUUGUGGUGCCCGAAUGUUGAACCACGCAGAAUCACUUAAUCUUCCAAAGUUGGUAGAGAGUUUACUUUAGGAAAUAUAAGAGAAUUCUCUUAUAUUUGUCAUUCCAGGGCAGAAAGCUCUUUAUAUUAAAGGAGAGUAAAAAGAAAAUUAGUUGGAAAACCUAUGCUCCUUCUGGGUGGAUUGAUGAAGGCAUGCCUGAAGAUCGUUUCCGAACGAUUCAUCCCAACAUUUCCGACGAAUCAACUGCUGUACUGCUGUACGCAACUGCCGCACCGCCCUAAUGUACGUGUUCGGUCACUGUUUCUGCUUCUGCUGCUUGAUGAUUUAUUAAAUGGCUUCUCUAAAUGCAA